ACAGUGUUUGAGCUCCCCUAAAAUAUCAUGUUUCUAAGAUCCACCAUUCAGUUUGUAGCAUACAUACACAAUACAGAACUACUAUUUCAAACUACUAUUUUACGUUUUAAUACGACUCAAAACUCUUCAGCCUACCUAUAACUUAUUACGUUUGCCUUUUCAGCACUAUCCUCUUUUCAAAAAAAUCCACAUUUGCUCAGUUUGGACAGAAGCAGGAAUGGGCGGUAUUAAUGCCUUGCCCCCGAGACAGAGGCUCUUAUUUUCACAUUACACGAGCGCAUCAGAACGACAACAUUGCUCAUCAGUCAGUCGCGCACCGUUCUAGUCGUUUAUAGAAACCUGACCAACGUGGUAGCAAUGGAGAAUAUUUUUCGUCAAAAUGAACCCACAAAAUGAAGGUGAGGUCGCACAGUCCCGGGGAAGCGGUUUUUUGGAUGCGUACGAAGAGUCGGCGAAGUUGUCAAACUCUUCCGAGUUAAAUGGCACAGAACUCGAGCCCCUCGACCUGUCCCGUGCCGUCCCGCUCGGCUUGGCUUUGGGGACUUUCAUCAUCUUCGCGGUGGCUGGGAACAUCUUGGUGAUCCUGUCAGUAGUGUGCAAUAGGCACCUGCGAUCUCCAACUAACUAUUUCAUCGUUAAUCUCGCCAUUGCCGACCUCCUCCUCGGCACAACCGUGUUGCCUGUAUCGGCGACAUUGGAAAUACUUGGUUACUGGGUGUUCGGGAGGAUUUUCUGUGAUGUUUGGGCAGCGGUUGAUGUGUUGUGUUGCACCGCGUCCAUCAUGAGUUUGUGCGUAAUCUCCAUUGAUCGUUAUAUCGGAGUGAGUCAUCCUUUGCAAUACCCCAACAUAGUGACUGGACGCAGGGCUUUGCUGGCCAUGCUGGGGGUAUGGAUCCUGUCAUUGGUCAUCUCCAUCGGACCACUGCUGGGAUGGAAGGAGCCUCCGUCACCGGACGACACGGUGUGCGUAAUAACCGAGGAACCCUUUUACGCGCUCUUUUCAUCGCUCGGCUCCUUCUAUAUUCCAUUAAUUGUUAUUCUAGUCAUGUACUGUCGUGUUUAUGUGGUGGCUAAACGGACGACGAAGAAUCUGGAAGCCGGCGUGAAGACGGAAACUAUGAAUUCAGGCGAAAUAACGUUGAGGAUUCACAGGGGCUCGCAGGUGCACGAGGAAUCCGGCGCGACAGCCAAAGGUCGCGCGCACCAGUCGAGGAAUUCUCUGACGGUCAAACUUCUGAAGUUUUCCAGGGAAAAGAAAGCAGCUAAGACCUUAGGGGUUGUGGUUGGCAUGUUUACGUUGUGCUGGUUGCCAUUCUUCUUCACUUUACCAAUUGUCGCGUUCAAUGUCAGCCUGCGGCCUCCCGAAACCGUCUUCAAAAUCAUCUUCUGGCUCGGUUACUUCAACAGCUGCCUGAAUCCCAUCAUCUAUCCCUGCUACAGCCGGGAGUUCAAGCUAGCUUUCAUCCGCAUCCUGAAAUGCAGAUGUCACCGCAGGAGACGGCCAGGUUGGAGAGCGUACAACUACCAGGGCUCGCACAUCAACUCCUUCUACUCAAGGCAGGACUCCAAGGACUCCGUGAACUACGGCAGUUACCUUAAUGGGAGCCAGAGAACCCUGUCCUCUGCCAGCCCCAGCCCUAGUUAUCAUACCAAAGGCCUGUCGCAUUUCCAGGAGGACGGACCCAGGCAUGCCCGGAGCAGGACACCUUCUGUGUUAUCUGAGAGUACUUUGGAUCAUCAUCUUGAACCCGUGGAGGAAGAUCCAGCCCAGUCUGUAAGCAAUCCAGAUCAAGCUGCUUUCAGAAAUUGGCCUCAAGAACAAUUGAAAGAGUGAGAACGUCGAACUUUAAAGUGGCACUUUUGUUUUUCUUCUUAAGUAUUUUUUUUUUUUUGGUUGAGAAUAAAUCAUUUCUUUCUAAUAUAUUUAAAUCUAAUAUAUAACCUGGCGUUGAUGUACAGCACGGUGUGAAUUCUUAACAAACACAGCAUUAAAGAAAUUUUGCUGAAUUUUUAUUAAUUUCCAAUACUGCAUAAUUAUUGAUUUUCAAGUUUUAUAGCCGUGUUUAAGAUAUACGGUACACUUGCGAAAGAACAUUCUUCUUCAUCAUAAUUAUAAAAAAAAUAAUAAUUUAUCAGAAAAGGGAAGCUAAUUAAUUUAGCUAAAUGAGUUAUAGUCUUCUACUGGAAUCAGAAAAUGCUUACCACGUCUCAAAAAUCUCAGAGAGUAUUAUUUAUUUAUCAUCAACAGAUGCAUUUCAGAGGCUCUUCACUGGGUAUAGACAAUGCACUGUACAUUUUAUUUACAUUCAUUUUUCAUAAGCACCCGUGUUCAAGAAAGGGCAUUUAUUAUUUUUUGUUACAAAGAAUUCAGGCUACUCAAUGAAACCCUUUAGGAAAAGGUAAGAACCAGAGAUCAGUUUUCUCAAUACUGCCUUGAACAUUUUACAUGAGGAAUGUAAAACAAGACUGCAAAAAUACACAUUUAUACAACAGUCUUUGAACAGAAUCAACCUUGGACAUUCUCAAGCGGCAAUACAAGAAUUAUCUGAAUAGUGUAAAUAGAAACAUCAUGAUCAGUUUACUGUCCGAAUCACUUAAACACUGAAUCCAAAGCAGAAGUGUAAAUGUUUCAGUAAAAAAUAAAUAAAUUACACUUAAGAUUUAGAACUGCAACUCAACAUAAAAAAGGCAAACAAAAUAUGAAAGAAAAACAUUCACAAAUUGAAUUGAAUACACUUGCCAUCCCCACCAGCAAAAGUUAAUCAGUUAACAUUAUGCUGGCAUUAAAAAAAACACAAGAAAAAAAAAAA